AUGUCGCCCACUCCUUCAUGGGUCAAGGACCUCAAGCCUGCGGGCCCCCAGGGCACUGAGCUCUUGACGCAAGAGCGAGCAAAGUCCAACGUCAACGUCCAGGCAUUGUCAACCUUCUUGUUCACUCAGGAGGGAUUGGCUCGCAAGCACAAGAUUCUGAAGAUCCUCCAGCAGGAGAAGGUCUUUGACAAGUCACAGAACUACUUUGCCGGUCGCAUUGAUCGCUUCGAGACGGCGUUGGCAAGAGCAAAGAGACUCCGACAGCUGCAGGUUAAGCACAACUGGACCGACCAGGACAAGCAGGUUGCCAAUGAGCUCAUCAGUGAGCCUGGCCCGUACGGCCUACACGAGAGCAUGUUCUUGAUCACCCUCCGUGACCAAGGCACGCCCGAACAGCACGAGAAGUUCCUCAAGCCAGCAAGAAACUACGAAUACAUUGGUUGUUACGCCCAGACAGAGCUCGGCCACGGUUCAAACGUACGAGGACUCGAGACAACGGCAACAUGGAACGCCGAGGACAAGACCUUCAUCAUCAACUCGCCCACCCUUACUGCCAGCAAGUGGUGGAUCGGUUCGCUUGGCCGCACUGCCAAUCACGCAGUCGUUAUGGCCCAGCUGAUCGUCAACAACAAGCCCUACGGCCCCCAUCCCUUCGUCGUCCAGAUCCGUGAUCUCAAGACACACCAGCCGCUCGAGAACAUCCACAUCGGUGACAUUGGUCCCAAGUUUGGUUACAACACCAUGGAUAACGGUUUCUUGCUGUUCAACAAGGUCAAGGUCCCGCACAUUAGCAUGCUUGGCCGCUUCUCCAGCGUUGACCCCAACACCAGCAAGUACCUGCGUCCUGCUUCUCCUUCGCUCAUCUACGGAACCCUCACCUGGGUCCGUAGCACCAUUGUCCUGCAAUCUGGCAGCGUCUUGGCUCGUGGUGUCACCAUUGCUACCCGCUAUGCUGCUGUACGUCGCCAGUUCCAGGACCGUGACGCUCAAGAUCCCAAGUCGGACGAGAACCAGGUUCUCAACUACACAACUGUGCAGAUCAGACUUUUGACUCUGUUGGCUACUUGUUACGCUUUGCACUUUACUGGUCGCGGUAUGAUGCAGCUCUACGAGGCCAACCAGAAGAAGAUGAGCCAAGGUGCAGGCAAGGCCGAAGGCGCAAAGCGUGGUGCUGGUCCUGAAGAAACCACUCCUGGCAGUGAUUUGCUUGCCGAUCUUCACGCCACCUCCUGUGGUCUCAAGUCGUUGGCGUCAUCCACUGCCGUCGACGGUCUCGAGGUGUGUCGCCGUGCUUGCGGUGGCCACGGUUACAGCAACUUCUCAGGUAUCGGCCCUUGGUAUGCCGACUACCUGCCCACUGCCACCUGGGAGGGUGACAACUACAUGUUGACCCAACAAGUAGCUCGUUACCUGCUCAAGUCAGCCCGCAGCGUGCUCAAGGGCAACGAGCCCACAAACGACACCACCGCCAUCCUAGCCAACUUCCUCGCCAAGUCCGAGACCGGCGCCGCCUUCAACAUCAUGGACAAGGACGAAGACCUCGUAGCAGCCUUUGCCUGGCGAUCCUCCUUCCUCACCUUCGAAGCCCUCAAGCACAGAGACGAGAACAAGAAAGCCUGGAACGACCUCCUCGUCGACUUUUACCGUUUGUCGCGCGCACACUCGCAAUACAUGGUCGUCAAGAACUUCUACGAAGCCCUCAACUCGUCAUCCAUAAACUCCGAACUGGAUCCCCCUACCAUUGAGUUGAUGCACAAACUGUUCCGUUUGUACGCUUUGCACACGCUCGAGUCCGAAGCUUCGGAGUUCUACACUUCUGCUGCUGUCACGGUGCGUCAAAUCCAACUUGCGCGCACCAAUGCGGUUAUGAAGUUGCUGGCUGAGAUUAGACCGCAUGCUGUGCGUCUGGUCGAUGCGUGGGACUUCCCUGACUGGCAGUUGGAUUCGUCGUUGGGCAGAUAUGAUGGCAAGGUGUAUGAAGACAUGUUCUACCGUGCCAGCGAGUUGAACCCUUUGAACGCCAUCACGGUGGACCCGUACCCGAACAGCGAGAUUUUGUUCAAGACGAACGAUAGCAACAAGUUCAAGAGUAAGCUCUAG